AUGGCCUACAUGCGCAAUGUCGGUCCAAAUCGCAAUGGCCAUCGAAAAUCCUCGACGAUCAUAGUCGGACAGGUUACCGGCGGUGCAGACGCAAAUGAUGGGGCUGGCUUGCAGUCUACCGAGUCACUCACGGGAUGCCAGGGACAAGUACCCGAGGGAGAAUUUGAGGCGAGACGUCAAAGGAUCUUCUGCAGCAGAUAA